GGAUCCUGCUAGUGACAAGAAAAUCACUGGCCUGGAGGGGGAUGAGGACAUGAAACUUUUCCUUAUAAAUGUCAACCUGGCCACCACAGAGGAGAGAGAGUGACUCAGGUCCCAAAUCAAAGUACAGCCUGUUUCCAAAUUUGCUGGAAGCCUCAUUCUGACUGUGACCAUCAACUGCUUAAAGAGCAAUUUGAUCAUUUAAUAUGUCAUGUGUUAGGCAGCCCAAGUUUGGAAGUCACGCCAAGUCCUGAAUAUCCCACCCCACAGACACAGUUACUAAUUGCAUGCCCGUGGAGACACGGGGGCAUGCGUUCCAGUCGCGAGUCAAUGAUACUGUGUUUUCAAGCAUUGGAAGCGGUGGGAUUUCUGAAUCCCGCUGGGCUGGUAACAGGGCAUGGAAUUGGAGAUUUAGAAGGAAUCGCUCUUACCAAUCCGUUUUAAGCGGAGCACGUGCAGUGGGUCACGGGAGACUUCAUCCUAAGAACAGUCCAGAGACAAAAGCAAACUUUGAAGCAGGCUUAGCGUUGAGAGACCCUGAAAAUAACAACACCCUGCAUCUCCAUGGGAUCACGCUUAUACAUGAGAGGAAAUAUUUGGCCUCAUCUUGUAAAACGGAGAUGUGAUUCAGAUUCCUGGGAGGUGAUGAGCAACCACAUCUCCAGCCCACGACUGCUCUUCAAGCCAGUUCAGCACAGGCGCUUGUGUGGUCAGAUGCAAUGGAUGAUAUGCUGCGAUGAGGAUGCCACCCAGACUGCCAAGCGCCGCUGUAUCCGGGUCUCUCCGCUGGCUGCAGAUGGCAGGAAGCUCGUGACCUCCAUUUCCAAGAAGCCUGGCUCAACCCCGUCCAUCAGAAGCCCAGUGCCAUUCCAGGUCCUGCUGGAUGGUGAACCCAUCACCGUGAAUGAGCUGGAGAUGGCCUUCCAGAGAUUCUUUGGUUCCCAGCGGUCAGGGCUGGAGGUCCCGACACUGAAGUGGGUGGAUGGCUCCGUCCUGAAGUCAGACCAGGAGGCCAAUCCCCACCUCUCCUCCCUCGCAGCGCAGGCCAGAGGCAGGUCAAAUCCACUGAGCGACAAUGAGGACUUCUGCCUCAUGUCUGCGGUCUCCUCGCUCCGAGCCAUCUCCAUCCACAAGCUGCAGCUCCCGCGGAUUCCCCGAAGAGCCUCGGUCCGACCGAGGGCUCGUCGCCGCCUGUGCUGGGACUCCUGAAGAUUCGCUCCUGUCCUUCAGUUGUCGCCAGAGGCUGGGACAGGCUGGUGCAGCCUGGAGAUUUCCACCAUCACUGAUGGUCUGCGAGGGGCGCGGACCUAGUCACGCACAUAGAGAGCUAAGGCCCUAUUCGCCCUCUCUCCCACCCUGCCAGCCUUGGUGUCCUUGGAGACGUGGGUCCUCAGACGCAAAAGCGCUGGUGAUCCCUGUCUCCGUAGAAGGGCACUGCUACAACCUGCCCAGUUCCUGAGAGCGGUGGGCGUCACUUACCCGAACUGUGUUGGGGGUGCCGCUGGGCAGAGCCCAGCAUCCCCCUGCCCUCCCCCGCCCAGUCCUGCGUCCCCUGGGCCUUGGGGGAGUAGUGAGGAGUUUCAGCUCAACGGGAAUGAGGGCAAACAAACAGCGUCAGCGGCCUGCGUCCGGUCCAGGGAAAGGGGCUCGGCGAGCGGGAGGGAGUGGGGGUGGAGUGGUGGAGGCGUGGAGAGGGUUGAAGGCCAGUUUCCACGCGACACCCAGAUCUCCGGCUGUCAUGGCAGUGGUCGGGGAGCGCUGCCCGUGUGUAGGCCUGGGACAUGCAGCGCAGCAGGGAGAGAGCUCGAGCUGCCAUACCCUUCCCCCUCUGCACUCAGAUGGGAACCCAGAGCCCAGAGCCCAGAGCCCAGCCCCACUUCAGCCCCUUCUCCCCGUCCCCACGUGCCUUGGAUUCGAGCAGUGGGCAGAGCUCCUCCUGCCUGGCUGGCUUUCUCUCCUUCUCCCUCUCCCCAGAGCUCACCCAAGUGGGUACGGGGACCAGGCCUGAGCCCUCCCCCUGCACGUGGAAGUCCCGUGGGACGCUCGAGCCAGCUCCCCGCCCCUCCCCAGCACCCAGGAUCCCGAAACCGGCCACGUGGUAAUGGAGACCCCAAGAUAGAGGGUCACGGCAUGGCCACCAGGGACCGUGACCCAGGGGGCGAUGACUCGAGGCUGGGAGACAGUAUCCUGGACUAGGCCCGGAAGCCAGUGGAAGCACGGGGCCCACCUCCAGCUUCUUUUUGGAAACCAUUUGGAUCCCUUUCGCACCUUCCUUCUCUCUUUCUGCAGCCUUACCUUCACACCUGGGGAUUUCAACUUCCACACCGCCUCCUAUCGCUUCGCAAUUCCACUGACCUCGUGCUCCAUCCCACCUCACCCACUCACUAACUUGCACGUACUCUACAGGAGCCAGGGCUGGAAAGAGAAGCACUGAAAUCACCCUGAAGUCACCGGCCCGGAUCCAAAACCCAGACGCCCAAAGAUUGACGACUCUUUUCUGCUAGGUAUUGCUGGUUACUCAACGAGCAGGUGUCAGUACUGAAUAAAGGAAGUGAAGUAGGUUGACCAUCUGAA